AAUCGAUGCGACGACGCAUCCGCCCAAGCCGCCAUGACCACAUCUAGCUAGACGCGGAGAAACUCAAUCGAUGUGACAACGCAUCCGCCCAAGCCACGACCACAUCUGGCUAGACGCGGAGAAACUCAAUCGAUGUGACGACGCAAAUAGACGCGAGAUAUUCCCGACGGCUUCAAGCCACCAGGCGGUCGGUGGAAAAGGAAAUCCGACUAUGAGCUUCGGCGUCGUGGCGCGGCAGGUUGGUAUGGAGGGUAAGUUGUAUAAAGAAAGGUGGGUGAGCCAUGAGAUGCUGUCUUUUCCACACCAUCAUCAUCAUCAACCAGUUCUCAUUAUCUCACAUCACGAUCUUCAUUCAGAGCCUCACUUCUCGCAUCACUAUCUCCAGAAUCAUUUCAAUUUCUUCCACUUUCCCAAACCACAAACUACAUCAUGACUUCGUCUUCGAUGCCUAAGCUCACAACCCUGAUCCUUGGCUCUACCGGUGGUUGCGCACUCGCCUUCCUCGUCCGCGCCUUGAACGCCGGCUACGACUGCAAUGCUCUGGUCCGCACCCCCUCCAAACUCAUGGCCCUCCUAGACUCCAAAGGCGUCUCCUUCUCCACCAUCGACCGCCACCUCACCGUCCACACGGGCAACUCCAGAGACGCCGCCGCCAUCGGCCCUGCCCUCCUCAUCCGCAAUCGCCCCGUCGACCUGAUCCUCUCCGCCGUCGGCGGCGCCCCAAAAUUCAGUCGCUUCAUGGUUCCAUCCAUCGACGACCCACUCGUCUGCUCCACCAGCAUGGAGGCCCUCCUCUCCGCCGUGCGCACUAUGAGGGCGCCCACGAAGCCGAUCGUUGUUGCUAUCUCAGCGACGGGAAUUAGCAAUUUCGGGCGCGACAUCCCGCUGGCGAUGGUGCCGUUGUAUCAUUGGUUGUUGGCGGUGCCGCAUGCGGAUAAGAAGGCCAUGGAGGUUGCACUGUCCGAUGAUGUGAGCUCGGCAUCGCCCGCUGUCGGUGCGUUUAUCGGGGUCAGGCCUAGCUUGUUGACGGAUGGUACUACGAAGGGGGUGGCGGGGGUGAAGGUUGGGAUUGAGAGUGCGGAGGGGUUUGAGAGUUUGGCGGUUGGGUAUACGGUGUCGAGAGAGGAUGUGGGGAAUUGGAUUUUUGAGGAGGUGUUGAAGGGGCAGAAGGGGGUGAAGGGGGGAUAG